AUGGGCCAAUUCUUCGAAGAAAUCCCCGAAAAUCUCAUCACAUGGAUCCUCAAGCAGCAAAUGUUCUGGGUGUCGACAGCCCCCCUGAAGAGCGACGGUCAUGUUAACGUUUCGCCCAAAGGGCUGGAAGGCUCCUUCCAUGUCGUGGAUUCGCGCAGAGUGUGGUACGAGGAUCUGACUGGGAGCGGAAAUGAGACUAUCGCCCAUCUACGAGAGAAUGGGAGAAUUACGAUUUUGUUCAAUGCAUUCGAGGGUCUUCCACGCAUCGUGAGGUUGUUCGGGAAAGGAACCGUCUAUGAAUACGGUACACCAGAGUACGAAGAACUCCUGCCGCCAUCCGUGCGCAAGCCAGGCUCCAGGGCUGUCAUCAUGGUUGACGUCUACAAAGUCGGCACGUCAUGCGGAUACGCCGUCCCCUACUACGACUUCAAAGGCCACCGUAGCAAACUGGUUGAUAUGUCCAUCCCGAUGCAGAACCUCGACCGCGACGCCGAGCUCGCUUUAGAUCCAUCGACUCUUAGCGAACCACCUCGCCCAAAGAAGGGCCUCAAAUCUUACUGGGCGGAGAACAACGCAACGUCUUUAGACGGCCUCCCAGCUCUGCUCUACGCGCAGACCUCCACUCGUCUGUUCAACCCCGUAUCGCCAGCGCCCAAGAAAGACGGUGUCUCAGCGACCCCGAAGGAUGCGGCAAAGGUGACCAAGGGUGGCGAAACCGUUGCUACUAUCUUGGACAACCUGAAAGUCCCCCUAGCUUUCACUUUGGGUAUCCUGACUGCUACGAUGUAUACGCAGUUCCUUCCCAAAAUUCACGCUGCCAUCGAUACUUUGCAGGACCAUGUAGCAUGA